AUGACGAGCCACGAGCAGCAGCAGCAGCAGGAGCCGCACCAGGUGGGCGUGGACGACCUGCACGAGGAGCUGGACACCACGCCCCUGCGCGCCAUCCUGCUGUCGGACGCGGCGCAGGCCGUGGCGCUGGACAAGUACGGCCUCACGCCGCUGCACUGGGCCUGCGACCGCGGCCAGAGCGCGGCGGCCAGGCUGCUGCUGCAGCACGGCGCGGACGUGGACGCCGUGGAGAAGCGCAUGUUCAGGCGGCGCCCGCUGCACUUCGCCGUGCUGGCGAGCUCGGACGCCACGGUGCGCGAGCUGCUGGCGCACCACGCCGACGUGCUGGCCGUGGACUACCGCGGCUGGGCGCCGAUCCACGGCGCGGCCUACAGCGGGGACGUGGCCUCGCUGGCGGCGCUGCUGGACGCCGGGGCCAGCGCCACCACGCAGCUGACGGCGCGGCGCGAGACGGCGCUGCACGUCGCUGCCAGCCGGGGACUCGCGGAGGCUGCUCGCCUGCUGCUGAAGCGGAGCCCGGGCGACGACGCAUUGCUGGAGCUGGAGGACGACGAGGGCUCCACGGCGGCGCAGGUGGCGGCUCGCAGCGGGCACGAGAGCAUUGCGUGUCUGCUGGGACAGCACUGA